GUUAGUAUUACAAUAAAAUGGCUGAUGAGAACAAAUAUACUGGGUGUGAAGGUCCAGAGUCGAUGUAUGUCAAAUUGAUAUCAAGUGACGGUUACGAGUUUAUAGUAAAAAGAGAGCAUGCUUUAACAUCCGGUACUAUCAAAGCAAUGCUUAGUGGUCCUGGUCAGUUUGAAGAGAAUGACACCAAUGAAGUCCAAUUUCGCGAAAUCCCGUCGCACGUCCUCGAAAAAGUGUGUACGUAUUUUUGUUAUAAAGUACGCUAUACAAACAGCAGCACGGAAAUACCGGAAUUUCCGAUUCAACCCGAUAUCGCGUUGGAACUUUUAAUGGCGGCCAACUUUCUAGAUUGCUGAAUAGCAAAAUCAGAUUGAUCUGAGAAGAGUGUGAAUGCCUGAUUUUAAAGUUUGGGAGCGACCUAAAUUUGUCGCCAAUUAUAAAAUUUACAUGUAUAUAUUUUGUAAGGAAAAGAAAAAAAACAACAAAAA